UUUUUCCCACCCCUUUUUUUGGGUGGUAUAAAGAAUGUAGAGAGAUUUAUUUGAUCUUCUCUGUACUACUAAAGGAAAGAAGAGAUGGUUUAUGGCGUGUAUGGGGUAUCCUAAGCUUUAGAUGGCACCAUUUGUUAAUUAAGGAACUUAUUCCAUGUUUGCCAUCACCAAUGGGAAGCAUUCCUACCUUGGCAAAAGUUUUGAGGCUAGGGAACUCUUUCCAGGGCUAUUGCUGGUCUUGGGUCCCAAGAUCAACCAAUUUGGCGGCGGACAGCCUUAGAGAAUCUCAAGAUUGAUAAUCAUGAAAGCAACAGGCAUUUAGUCCAAAGAAACAUUUGAACAUCAAGUCAACGUGCAAUCCGGGGGUCCACAUUACACGUGCAGCCAUGAACGUCGUGUAAAAUAUGCUGUAGCAGUGGCCAUUCUGGUGCAGUGCAGGCACAGGUAAACCAGUGUUUGGUAACCCGACCAGGACCGUUGAUUCUUCAUCAGCUGGCAUUAUCUCAGCAGAUAUGCGGACCCAUAAAUAUAGAAAAAGAAAAAGCAGCUUUUGCUUUUAAAAGUUGGUGCUUUUGAUUGUUUAUCUGGAGGGAUGUCUGUUGAAUGAGGAGACAGAAACCAGCAUGGAAGCCACUUUGGAAGCUCAGCAGAUCAUCAGAGCCAAGUGCUAUACAGAUUUUCCCUCUCUCUCGCUCUCUCUCCCUCUCUCUCUCUCAAAGCUGACCAUAAUUCAAAUCAAUGGAAAUUAGGACGGAAGGUAAAGCUUUGUGCUUUGUGGCAUUUUUCUGCUUUUGGACUUCUGCAACUGGUUUGCUUUCUCCAAAGGGUGUUAACUAUGAAGUGCAAGCAUUGGUGAGCAUUAGAGAAGCUCUCAAGGAUCCUCGCGGCGUUCUUCGAAAUUGGGAUGGAACUUCUGUUGAUCCCUGCAUCUGGAACAUGGUUACUUGUUCUCUUGAUGGCUUAGUCAUUGGCCUGGGAACUCCAAGCCAGAAUUUAUCAGGCACUUUGUCACCAAGCAUUGGAAACUUGACAAAUCUCCAGCUUGUUACAUUUCAGGAUAAUCAUAUAACAGGAUCGAUCCCCGCCGAGCUCGGGAGGCUCCAAAAGCUUCAAACACUUGAUCUCUCCAGCAACUUGUUCAAUGGAGAAAUUCCCAGCACUCUAUCACACCUGAAAAGCCUACAAUACCUGCGGCUAAACAAUAACACUCUCUCUGGGGCAAUUCCUUCAUCAUUUGCUAAUAUGACCCAGCUGGCAUUUCUGGACAUGUCUUAUAAUAAUUUGAGUGGUCCGGUCCCAAGGUUUCCUGCUAAAACAUUCAACGUUGUGGGAAACCCUCUGAUAUGUGCCACCGGAAAGGAGCAAGACUGCUCCGGCACGACACGACCGCCGCUAUCUUUGCCCUCGAAUAAUUCAACAAAUUCUCAAGCCGCCGAGAGACCUAGGAGCCACAAAAUCGCCUUAGCGUUUGCCUCGAGCCUUGGCUGCAUCUGCCUUCUAAUUCUUGGUUUUGGUUUCCUUCUUUGGUGGAGGCAGAAACACAACAAGCAAAUAUUCUUAGAUGUUACCGAACAACAUCACGAAGAAGUUUGCCUUGGAAACUUGAGGUCGUUUCACUUCAGAGAACUUCAAGCAGCAACACACAACUUCAGCAGCAAAAACUUGGUUGGUAAGGGUGGUUUCGGGAAUGUCUACAAAGGAUAUCUCCGAGAUGGUACAGUAAUAGCAGUCAAAAGGCUCAAGGACACGAAUGCCAUAGGUGGGGAAAUCCAAUUUCAGACCGAACUUGAGAUGAUCAGCCUCGCUGUGCACAGGAACCUCCUCCGGCUUUAUGGUUUUUGCAUGACAGCCAAAGAGAGGCUUUUGGUUUAUCCUUACAUGUCUAACGGAAGUGUUGCUUCACGUCUCAAAGCCAAGCCACCCCUGGAUUGGAGUACAAGGAAAAGGAUUGCAUUGGGAGCUGGAAGGGGACUAUUGUACUUGCAUGAGCAGUGUGACCCCAAGAUCAUUCACCGUGAUGUGAAGGCUGCGAAUAUUCUGCUAGAUGAUUACUGCGAGGCUGUUGUUGGAGAUUUUGGGUUGGCAAAGCUGUUGGAUCACCAUGAUUCACACAUUACAACCGCUGUUAGGGGCACCGUGGGGCACAUUGCCCCGGAGUACCUCUCAACAGGCCAGUCCUCUGAGAAGACUGAUGUUUUCGGGUUUGGUAUCCUCAUACUCGAACUAAUAUCUGGACAAAGAGCUCUUGAGUUUGGGAAAGCAGCAAACCAGAAAGGGGCAAUACUUGACUGGGUGAAGAAAAUCCAACAGGAAAAGAAGUUUGAUGUGCUGGUUGGCAAGGAACUGAAAAAUGACUAUGAUCCAAUAGAGGUCGAAGAAAUGAUUCAAGUAGCUCUCUUGUGCACUCAAAAUCUUCCUAGCCAGAGACCAAAGAUGUCUGAAGUGGUUCGAAUGCUUGAAGGAGAUGGACUUGCGGAGAAAUGGGAGGCUUCUCAGAGAGCUGAAUCUAAUAGGUGCAGAGCCAAUGAGUUUUCCUCCUCGGAACGGUACUCUGAUCUUACCGAUGACUCUUCAUUGCUUGCACAAGCAAUGGAGCUGUCUGGACCAAGAUAAUACUACUCUCUAAGUAUAUAGAGAAAUUAUAGGUCAAGUUGAUAGUAAAGAAUCAAGAAUAUGAGUGAGUGUUGGGGUUGGUUUGUAUAUUAGCAUCAUAAUAUUUUGUCAUAUUGAACCUCCAAAGAGUUGUGUAAGUUGGAGAAAAACUCUUGUGUAACAAAAGACACUAUAUGACAAGCAUUUAUUGGACGAGUGAUGUCACUAAUUCUAUGUCUUGGUUGCAGGAGAGAAUCUCUUGUUAAAUUCUUGACUAUACAGAAAUUUGAUAUGAGAAAGUGACAUGUAGAUUGGUUGAGUGUUAAA